AUGAAGUUUCGGGCUGCGAAUCUACUUGUCCACCAGAAACUUGCGAAAGCAUCGGAAGUGACAUGUACGGGUACAAAUGAGUAUUUUGGCUUCGGAACCCCUUGCGACAAUGAAUGUGCAAAACUAAGUAAACAAAAUCAAACUAAUUGUCCGUUUGUAAAUGUUAAACGAACGGAAAUGUGCUACUGUGAAGAAGGCUAUGCCCGCGAUGUCAACAAAACAUGUAUACCAUUUGAUAAAUGUCCAAAAAAUUGUGAUCAGGAUGAUGAAAAUAAUAAUGAGGACAAUGACAAUGGUGUGCAGAAGUUUACUGAAGGCAAUGUGGAUUUCACUGAAUCUUUUAUCUACGUUGCUUCUCAAUUAGACCCAGAAGUUAGCGCCAUUUAUUCACCUUUUAGUUUAUUAUUUUUGCUAGCUCAAUUAGCACUUUAUGCAUCGGGCACUUCAUUGGAUGAGCUUUUAUCUGUAUUAAAUAUUAGUAAAUCUUCUAUACGAUCUACAAUUCCUUACUAUUUGACUGAGCUUAAUUCUCAAGAAAAUGCCACUUUUAGUUUAGCUGAAAGAAUUUAUGCUAGUAUUGAGUUUAAACUAAAUCCAUGUUUUGAAAAGGACACUAGAGAUAUAUUUUUUGCUGAAGCGCAAAAUGUUAAUUUUAGUAAUCCCACUGAAGCAGCGGACAUCAUAAAUCAAUGGGUGGCAAAUAAAACAAACAAUUUGAUUACAGACUUAGUACCGCCUGAUUCUCUAAGUAGAAAUACCAUUGUAGUUCUCGUAAAUGCUAUUUAUUUCAAGGGAACAUGGGAAAAGCUAUUUAAAACAGAAAAUACCAAAAAAGGUGAUUUUUACGUGAAUGAAAAUAAAAAUGUUACAGUGAAUAUGAUGAACCAAAUUGAAUCAUUCAAGUAUGCAGAUAUACCUAGCCAGGGAGUUCAGGUCAUUGAGCUACCAUAUGUAAAUAGUAAUUUCUCAUACCUAGUACUUCUGCCGAAAUUGAAAGAUGGACUAAGUAAGGUAUUAGAGCAACUAAGAAAUAAGACCAAUUCAGUAUUGCAGGAUGCAAUUAGUAAGUUAGAACUGAACAGGGUAAAUCUUUUUUUGCCUACUAUAGACACUACUACAACAACAGAUUUGAAAGAUGUGCUUCAAAAGUUAAAUGUCUCGGCGAUUUUUGAUUCAAGCACUGCAAACUUAAAUAGUAUAAGUGAUGACCCUACAAUAAAGCCUUUUGUCACUUCUGCAUUACAAAAAGCUACUAUCACGGUAAAUGAAUUUGGAUCAGAGGCUGCUGCAGGAACUGCUAUCGUAGUUGGUGUAACGUCAGCUCAACCUGCCCCUUCUAUUGAAUUCAACGCAGAUCAUCCUUUCGUAUAUUUCAUUUUAUAUAAGGGAACGCCUAUAUUUGGUGGAAUAUUUGCUGGA